GUCCAGGUUUAGACCAGCGUUGAAGCCACGGGUCAGGGUCACCCUGUGAAUAUCUUGGAGUUCCCAAGUCUCGUCAUUCUUCUUCUUAACCCCCAUGAUUCCUCAGCAACAACGUCGGCCUCCUCCAAGCGCCCAGGAAUAUUACGCCGUGCCACAGAGUCCACAAGGUUCAUCUAUGCAGGCCCCAUAUAAUCAGUCACGACGACCCCCAGCAAGGUCUGGUUCUGCAGGCAGCCAGAUGCAAUCAGGUAGGGGCGCCAUUGCACAGGGAGUAGCUAGUGGUCAAAUUGGCGGGGGAUAUGGUCCUUAUUCUUACAACCCAUCUACAUCCCAGAACAACGGCGUUCACAACCCUUCACGAUUCAGCGCUGCCGCCUCUGAGGUCUCUUCUGCGACUGGCGAAAAGCCCGGCGGUCCUAUAGGCAACUCGUCUUCCGUCCCACCAUAUCUGUGGGACAUUCAGGAUCCAGAUCUUGACGACGCUCUGCACAAUCCAGAUCCUGUCAAUGAUGCUGCACUCGAUAGUUCUUUCACAAUUUUUUCAGCACGAGGAUGGGCGAAUGCAUCUGCACUCUUCAUCCUCGUCAUUGGACUCAUCACGCUGUUCGCUGGAUAUCCCAUUAUACAUUAUUUUACCACGCUUGCCGGCACGACACCAGGAUACAACUUGGGCGGAAUAAACGCAUCGGGUCAGAUACCACUACUCCCGGGCAUGCCAAACCUCGUAGAUGCCGCCACCCCAUCACAAUAUCUCUACCGAACGGGGAGUGAUGGAGAUACGUACAAGUUGGUAUUCAGCGAUGAAUUUAAUACAGACGGUCGAACAUUCUGGCCUGGAGACGACCCAUUCUGGGAAGCAGAAGACCUUCAUUAUUGGGCUACUGGUGAUCUCGAGUGGUAUGCUCCGCAGGCUAUAACGACUAAAGGAGGUAGCAUGGUAAUUACCAUGACGGAACAACCUAUAAACAACCUCAACUUCUUGAGUGGCAUGGUUACAACAUGGAACAAGAUCUGCUUCACAACAGGAUACAUAGAGGUCAACGUGAGCAUGCCAGGCUCGCCUCUUGCUCCUGGUUUCUGGCCUGGUGCAUGGACCAUGGGCAACUUGGGACGCGCUGGUUAUGGAGGCACCACCCAAGGCACUUGGCCAUACAGCUAUGACACCUGUGACCUAGGAACAUUACCUAAUCAGACCCAGAAUGGAGUUCCUGCUGCAGCGGCCACAGGUGGAAGUGGCGGCGGGCCUUUGAGCUAUCAACCAGGUCAACGACUCUCAAGUUGCACAUGCCCUGGUCAAGAUCAUCCUGGGCCUACUGUGCAGACGGGACGUGGAGUUCCAGAGAUCGACAUUUUUGAGACCGAAGUCGACGUCUCCGUCUUUGAAGGCCAAGUUUCGCAAUCCUUCCAGGUCGCACCGUACAACUAUCAGUAUGACUUCACUUCGACUACACCUGCUACCACUCUCCAGAACUCUCAAACUCAAUUGAACUCUUAUAAGGGUGGUGUUUACCAACAAGCUUUAUCCGCGAUCACCUACAUCAGUAGUACGAACUACAACGGGCAGGGCUUCGCGAAGUAUGGCUAUGAAUGGUGGUCAAACCCUAGCAACAGGCCAGAAGGAUACAUUCAGUGGUACAGUGAAGGCCAAGAAACAUGGAAAAUUACAGCUGCAUCUAUUGGGGCGGAUAGCACAGCUGAGAUCUCGGCGCGUUUAAUUCCUGAGGAACCCAUGUAUAUCAUCCUGAACCUGGGUCUCGCUCCUUCGUUCCAGGAGCAAGACUUUAUGCACAUGCAAUUUCCAAGUGAAUUGUACAUCGACUACGUUCGCGUCUACCAGCGGGAAGGCAUUCAGAAUGGCCUGACAUGUGAUCCGCCAAACUACCCCACUGCAAAUUACAUCAAUAAUCAUCUGAACGCAUACACCGACCCUAACAUUACAACCUGGACACAAGCUGGAUACCAAUUCCCCACAAGUAGUCUCACCACCGGGUGUUAAGUUGUGGCCAUCCCCUUGCUCCGUGCUGUGCUGUUAGUCAUGAUCUUUAAUAACCAUACGCCUUGCUUGCAUUAUUGUACGACCACAGCUAUUGCGCGCUGGACACUUCAUCCUCCUCCACUUUAACCCUCAUUGCGCUCCCUUCCACAAAAGGACGUCCCGCCUACGACUGUGGUCACAUACUUACUUCUCGUCGACAUACAUGGAACUUUACUAGUCUCUCGUUAUUUUGUGGUA